AAUGUACUCACAAACAGAGGGAAUCCUAAUUGGAUAGUUUGGGGUGACCUCACGAUGGACCGUCGGCUUCUGCUCUGUCUGCUUGUAACGUUGUGGGUCAAUGGACAGUCUCAGAUACCCACUGGCGACCUUGCUGUUAUGGGAUUCCUAGGAACAGUUGGCAUUUCUGCCGGAGUCGCCACUGCGAUAAUUUCGGCAACAGCAGUGAAACUACAGUCCGACUUAAAGAAAUGCUUAGAAAAGUCGGCUAAAAUGGAUGAAAGAAUAGUUGUACCGGACUGUCCGCCUACCAAUGAAGACUGUCCCAAUCAGCUGGCUCAAUGUGAGAAGGAAGAGGAGGAUUUGGAGCUUGAGCGUAUUCAAAAGCUUGAUCUCUUGGAGAAGGCUUGUUUGGGCCGCCCUAGGCGUUGUGCUUGUGGAAGGAUCACUGACGAAGCUUCGUGCGACGCCAAUACCGACUGCGAAUACAAAACCGACAAACUGUUUUGUGUACCUAUACAAAACCCACGCUAAUUGGCAAUAUGAAUAUAACUCUCGCCCCUUUCUCAUCCGAGGAUUGUUGCUUUUUAUUUCAAGAAUCUCUCUUUUUUUGGCUAUAUUACGGUAUUUCUGAACAACUUUCUUAAAACACCCAAGUAAUGGACUAAUAUUAAAGUUGAUAUGUUGAAUGCUUAGAAAUUGUAAUAAUCACAAGCUUAUGUAAAAUACAUUGGAAAUAUUAAACUCUUGCUGAAUAAAUGAGGCUUUACUUCA